AUGGCUUAUGAGCUGAAUACGAACACUUAUGGUCUUAAAUCAAGUCCGUUCAUCGCAAUCAGGACGCUUCUCGAACUGGCGGAGCGUGAACGGUUGGACUUCCCUAGAGCUGCAGCUGUACUGUCUAGUGAUAUUUAUGUCGAUGACAUCUGCACCGGCGCAGCUAAUGAAAAAGAGGCGCUUUUAUUAAGAGAUGAGUUGAUUGGCAUCUUAAGGGCUGGUGGUUAUGAGUUGAGAAAAUGGGUAUCCAACUCUCCGGCUCUCCUUGACGGCUUACCCAAGGAGCAUCAGCAAGAUCCUCAUCUAUUUCAGAAUGUUGAUAAUCCUGACGCCAUAGCAGUACUCGGGGUGCAGUAUCAGCCUGCUCAGGAUGUCUUCACGUUUAGUGUACAGGAUUUAGACAUAUCCCGGGUUUGGACUAAGCGAUUGGUACUCUCCACAGUUGCCCGAAUAUUCGACCCCAACGGAUGGUUGACGCCAGUUGUGUUUUGGGCGAAGUGUUUCCUUCAAAAAUUAUGGUUGGAAAAUCUUACAUGGGAUAUUCCGCUCAAUGGCGAAUUGUUGUUGGCGUGGUCUCGUUUUGUCUCGUCCCUUCCGGACAUUCAAUUGGUAAAGAUAGAAAGAAAAUUAUUACCUGCUGGUAAAUGUCGGGUGACUCUUCAUGGCUUUUGUGAUGCCUCGGAGUUGGGCUAUGCGGCUGCAGUCUACAUUCGUGCGGUUGACAGAAACGGUAGUGUCACCGUAAGAUUAGUUAUAGCUAAAAGUAAGGUGGCACCUAUUCGGUCCCGGCUGACUAUACCAAAAUUGGAGCUCUCAGGAGCUGCUCUUCUUUCGAGACUCCUCAAUCACGUUGUUUCCACCUUAGGUCAAACAGUGGCCUUCGAGAAGAUCUAUGCAUGGACCGACAGUCAAAUUGUUCUUUGUUGGCUUCGGGCGUCUGUUCAUGCCUUGGAGGUUUUCGUUGCCAAUAGAGUUUCCCAGAUUCGCGAUUCGACGGCUGUUAUUAAUUGGAGAAAUGUACCAGGGGACCUAAAUCCAGCCGAUUGCGCUUCACGAGGUUGCGAAUCUUCAGUUAUUUUGAGUCAUCCAUUGUGGUGGGGACCAGUCUGGUUGUGUGAACCUGAAGGUUGCUGGCCCCAUAAUAUUGUCGACCCGGUUGAACCGUUACCAGGACUUCGAGUAUUAGCGGUGGAGUCGGAGCCGAAGCAAAAUUUAGAUGAAUUGCUGGAUCGGUUUAGCUCCCUUGAUAAAUUGUUAGGAGUGACGGGUUGGCUUAAACGGUUUAUUCACAACACUCGAAAUAAAUCCGAUAGACGGUUUUCUCCAGUGCUUACCCCGGAGGAAAGAAGGGAAGCAUUGUUGUUCUGGGCGGUAGAUUACGAAAUGCGGAGUUACCUUAUGCGGCUCGACAUCCCCUUCUGUUGCCCAAGGACAGCAUCCUGGUACGACUCUUGA